UUCCUUUUCGUUAAUUAUUUUCGGCCAUAAUGCCGAGGGAUAAUUAUUUCCGUUCGUUUAUCUCCUUUUUAUGAUUCUCCCUAGUUUGAUAGGUAUAAAUGAAGUUGUAGUUAAUUGAAAAACAUCUAUUUGGAGGAUAACCUCAGACAGCCGCUUCUUCACCAAUUGCAGGCAGCAGCUACUCAAUAACGAUCUUCCCUUACAAUGACUUUGCUGCUGCCGCCCAAUUCUUCAAUAACAAGAAUUCUUGCUUCUAAUAAAAGAGGGAUCAUAGAGCCACGAAAGAAGCAAGAUGAAGGAAGCACCAUGGAAGCUGCCAGGUUAGUCACCAGAGACAGAACUCCAAUCUCCAAGAUUGCUCAGCGAAAUAGCAUCCCUCCAUUGGUUAGUGCCUUGAAAACUUCAGCUGACCAAAAUGCUGCUAGUUUUCAUUUUCCAGGGCAUAACAGGGGUCGAGCAGCACCAUCGGACUUAGUUCAGCUUAUUGGUUUGAAACCAUUCAUUCAUGAUUUACCUGAGCUUCCGGAACUCGACAACCUAUUUUCUCCAGAGGGGCCCAUUUUAGAGGCACAAAAGCAAGCAGCCAAACUGUUUGGAUCGUCAGAGACAUGGUUUCUUGUUGGAGGUACCACCUGUGGAAUCCAAGCAGCAAUACUGGCAACUUGCUCUCCAGGAGAAUAUUUAAUUCUACCUCGGAAUUCUCAUAUAUCAGCCAUUUCUGGCAUGGUAUUAUCUGGUGCCAUGCCCAAAUACGUUAUCCCAGAGUAUGAUUGUAAUUGGGAUAUUACUGCUGGUGUUACUUUAGCAAAGGUAGAGAAAGCAAUCAAGGAAUUGGAGAGGGAAGGUCAAAAAGUAGCUGCAGUUUUCAUCACAUCGCCUACUUACCAUGGUAUCUGUAGCAACUUGACAGACAUUUCAAAGCUAUGCCAUUCUUAUGGAAUCCCUGUGAUCGUUGAUGAGGCACAUGGAGCCCACUUAGGAUUUCAUCACAAGCUACCCUGUUCAGCCCUCCAGCAAGGAGCUGAUCUGGCUGUGCAAUCUACUCACAAAGUUCUCUGCUCUCUCACACAGUCAUCAAUGUUACAUAUGUCUGGGAAUAUUGUAGACAGAGAAAGAAUCUGUAGAUGCCUUCAAACUCUUCAAAGCACUAGCCCUAGUUAUCUGCUUUUGGCAUCUCUAGAUGCAGCUAGAGCACAGCUAAGUGAAAAACCAGACACUAUUUUCAAUAAUGCAAUAGAUUUGGCAAAUGAAACUAAAAACCUUAUCAGAAAUAUUCCAGGUAUUUCAAUGCUUGGCACACCAGGAUUUUCUAACUUCCCUGUCAUCGAUCCGUUGAGGCUUACAUUUGGGUUCUGGCAUCUUGGUUUAUCUGGUUUUGAAGCGGAUGAAAUCUUAUAUAGGGAUCAUGGGGUCAUCUCUGAACUUGUUGGGACUCAAUCCAUUACUUUUGCGAUUAACCUUGGAACUUGUAGGGACCAUAUCCAGAGGCUUGCGUCUGGAAUAAAGAGUAUAUCUGAAGCUUCCUUGUCUUUUCAAAAGAUAAAAGAGAAAGUAAACCGUUGUGUUUCAGCACCCUUUACUGAUAUUACCAUGAGUCUUAAUCCAAGAGAAGCCUUCUUUGCAAGUAAAAGGAAAGUGGCAAUUAGAGAGGCUCUUGGUAGAAUUUGUGGGGAGCUCAUAUGUCCAUAUCCACCAGGUAUACCUGUAAUGAUCCCAGGUGAGAUCAUUUCGCAGAGAGCUUUGGACUAUCUGCUGCUUGUAAAAAACAAAGGUGCAAUUAUUAGUGGAGCUUCUGAUCCUUCUCUCUCUUCCAUAGUCAUCUGUGAUAUAUGAAUUACCAUCUUAAAGUGGCAAGUGAUGACUUGCAUAUAAGGAAUGGAAUUGCUAUAAGUUUAAUGAAUUUAGCAUUUCAAGCAGAGGUGGUUUAACGCGCUGUGCUAAACUAGAUAGCUUAGAAAUUUGACAACUAGUGUUCUAUGCCAUAAACACUCAAAAUUGUGCCAUCAUAUAAGUUUAAAGGAGAAACAUGAGAACUGAAAUUAUUUCUCCAAUCAAGCUGUCGAAUCAAACUAGUAGCUGCUAUUUUAGCUGAAUUGUGGAUGAGAAGAAAGGUAAUGUAACUGUCAUAAAUAUCAGUUUGUCAAGGGAGACGUUCAGUUGGAUUGAUUGAGUUUUUGUAUCAAUAUUUAGGAGCGAAAUUGAAGAAGAGAAUUUCUUUUUGAAGAUAUUCAUUGCAUGACAUUUGUUGCCUGUCAUUGGCAGCCAACUAAAGGACCUGAUAAUAGUGUAUGCAGAGCUACUUGAGCCUGUGAUAGUUGCAGAUCUUACAUCUCGACGAAGUAUGCUGGAGGAGUGAUUUACUAGCACAAAUUAUAUUUACAAGAGAGAUGCCCGCUCGUUGCCUCGGGUUUCAAAUUUUUCUUUAUUCAUAAAUAUCAAUUGAUGAUAUCAAUAUCUCUACAAAAAUCUAUCAUAAAUAUUGAAAAAAGGCAUUAUUUAACUAUAAAGAAUGGUAAGAAACUAUAAAGAACAAAAAAAAAAA